CCUCACACCGGGAAUGGGCAAAGGCCCCGGUUGCCCGCGGCACAUUGUGGGGAUACAGCCAGCUGGUCCGGGCCACCAGCUCCUAGUUAUACAGUAACCUGUUGCUCCGGGUCCCAGCUCCACCUCUUGCUGCCUCCACAUCCCUCCCCUCCUCUCUCCUCUGCCAAGAAACCUCUGUCACCUGCUCUCAGACAACCGGGGCGAGCAGCACCGGGACGAAAGGGCAGAGGGAAGCCAGCGGCACGGGGACCCCCAGGCUGGGGCGCCGGGUGGGCUCUGCCUCACUCUCCCCUCCAUCCUUUGGGCUGGGGCACUAGGCUCACCAGCGAAGUGCUGUGCAGGGAGGCAGAGGAAACUCGGCUGCCAGAGAAUGGCAGCAGGAUUUAACUAGAAGGGCACGGCUCACUGGGAGAGGACACACGGGAGCUGAGAGAACUGCGGGAGACAAGAGCGGCUUCUCAGCACCGUUGCCUGUCCUGUGAAGCGACAUGAGUCUCAAGGGAUCCCUCAGCAGCAAUCCUGGCUCAUCAAAUGGCAGCAUGGGCAGAGCAGAUGGAGCCUCUAAACUGAGCGCAAAGGACCUGUAUGAACAAAGGAAAAAAUACUCCAACUCCAAUGUCAUUAUGCAUGAGACUUCACAGUACCAUGUGCAGCACUUGGCCACCUUCAUCAUGGACAAGAGCGAGUCCAUCGUGACAGUGGAUGAUGCUAUCCGAAAACUCAUCUUGCUCAACUCAAAAGAGAAGAUCUGGACACAGGAGAUGCUGCUGCAAGUGAACGACAAGUCCAUCCGAUUGCUGGACUGCGAGUCACAGGAGGAGCUGGAGGACUUUCCUCUGCCGACAGUCCAGCACUGCCAAACGGUGCUGAAUCAGAUGCGCUAUUCCUCCAUCCUCCUCCUGGUGUGUCAGGAUUCGGAGCAGCACAAACCUGACAUCCACUUCUUCAACUGCGAUGAGGUGGAGGCGGAGAUGGUUCAUGAGGACAUAGAAAGUGCCCUGGCAGACCACAAACAUGGGAAGAAGAUACGGCCACAGACACUCAAAGCAAACCAAGAAAAGAUCAGGCAGAGACAAUCCAUCCUCCCACCACCACAAGGGCCAGCUCCCAUCCCCAUCCAGCACGACACACGAGGCUCAGCAAUGAACAAGAACCGGGUGGCACCUCCUUCCCAGCACAAUCCAGACUAUGAACGACGAGGCUCUGGCUCUCAUGACCACGAAGAGUCCCGAGCCAUCUUAGCACAGAAGAUUGAAAAAGAAACGCAAAUCCUGAACUGCACUCUGGAUGACAUUGAAGUGUUUGUCGCCAGGCUUCAGAAGGCUGCAGAGGCAUUCAGACAGCUCAACCAGAGGAAGAAAGGGAAGAAGAACAAGAAGAAAGGGCCAGCAGAGGGCAUGCUGACUCUUCGAGCAAGACCCCCAAGUGAGGCCGAGUUCAUCGACUGCUUCCAGAAAACCAAACUGGCUUUUAACCUCUUGGCCAAACUGAGAAAGCACAUCCAGAACCCCAGCGCUUCAGAGUUGGUGCAUUUCCUAUUUGGGCCUCUGGAACUGAUCAUCAGUAGCUGUGGUGGCCCUGAGCUUGCCAGGUCUGUCGUCAGCCCGCUUCUUUCUAAAGAUGCCACAGAUUUCCUCCGAGGACACCUGACACCAAAAGAGAUAAACCUCUGGGACUCCCUGGGAGAGACAUGGACCAGAUCCAGAGCUGAAUGGCCCCGAGAAGCAAACAUCCCUACCUACAUCCCCAAAUUCCGCAAUGGCUGGGAACCACCCGUGGAAAUCUUCCGCGGAGCUCCCUGGGAAAUAGACAUCGGACACUUGCAAGAAGAGCUAUCAUCAGCCAAUGGAUAUCCUUACCGUAACUCCUCACUCAAGCGCGGCCAGACAGCUGAUCAGACACAAGCUGUGGAUGCCUUUAAACAGAACGUAACUCAGCAUGUAAAUAGGAAUUUUGAGGCACAGGGAAUGGCUCUGCCCAAGAGAUAUGCCAAAAUCCGCUAUGAUUUCACCGCACGAAAUGCCAAUGAACUCUCAGUGCUUAAGGAUGAAAUCCUGGAGGUGUUGGAAGAUAAUAAGCAGUGGUGGAAGUUGCUCAACCGGAGUGGGCAGGCUGGCUAUGUCCCUUAUAAUAUCCUGGAUGUGGUGAAACUGGAAGAGCUCGAACAGUCUAACCAGAGGUACAAAGGAGACCUGAGCCCCAGGGGAUAUGGACCAUCCAGCCCAACUCACAAGCUACCCGCCAGCUACGCUGGGGAUAAAUGGGGAAGUGAAAUGUUAUCACGCAACUCUCCCCAGGACGCCAAAGAACAACUUAUUCAUCAAAUGGAUGAGCUGAACGAUGAGUUGCUAAAGAAGAUCACAAACAAUAAAAUUCAGCCUCCCCAGAGGAAUUUCAAAGUGGAAAAGCCUCAGCAAGUUUUUGUGCCCCUCACCUUCGAAUCCAGCACUGAAGAAGUCAAAGCUUGGCUGGAGGCAAAGUCAUUCAGCAAAGAGACAGUGGAACACCUUGGCAUCCUUACCGGAGCUCAGCUCUUCUCCCUCAACAGAGAGGAGCUAAAGAAAGUAUGUGGUGAUGAGGGAAACAGAGUAUACAGUAAAAUCACAGUGGAGAAAAACCAACUGGAGAAAAGCAGAGGGGAGUCAGAGCUCCAAGAAAUCAUGAAGCGUCGCCAGGAAAGGAUUGAUUCUGCUAAUUAAAAUCUAUCUAUUUUAUUUCAGCUAUUAGUCAUAGUAGUGCAGGAAAAGGGAGUGAAAGCAAUGAUCCCCAGUCCAGAGACAGCAGUGCUCCACACCUGGCGGUGUAAUUGCCAUCAAAGUGACAAUUUCUUGAACACUGUUGAUAAGGGUAGACAAUAAGACCACAUGUCACAUUGGGAAAGGUGUUUUAAUAUUGCAUGAAGUAUUUUUUUUUAUAUCUAUAUAUUUUAUACUGAAAUUUUACGUGCAUGCGAUCAGAGCAGAUCAGAAUUCACAUGUCUAAAUGUACGACAAUGGCUGGAUUCAAGCAAAAAAGACCCCACAAAGCUUUUCUGGUAGGGCUGUACCUGCUCCCAUGCCCCUUGCCAGCACGGCUCAGGCAGCGAGAGCGUGGCACGCAGCACAGAACAAGCCAGCCUGAAUGUUUAGAGUCUGGAUCACAGAAAUAACUCUUUCCCCCUGCUUUUCAUUUCCCUCUCUGUGGCAAAUAUCCCCUGCAGCCCACUAGCAAAGGCCCUGUGACAAUUCAAUGUCCUCCUUCUGUCCUGUCCUCCCUCAGUGGACGAGGCUAGAAUUGAGUGACAACUGAAGUGAUUUGAACCUGCAGAGAGGUGAGUUCAGCCUGAUCAUCCCUGCUUAUGCAGAGGCUGGGGCUCAGGGCAGCUGUGCAGCCCUUCACCUUGUCACUGAUCCUGUGUCAGAAAGUUGCAGUAUUGCCAAAGCCAGGCCUCAAACAAGGAGAUGAUAAGCCCCUACCAUUUGCUCCCAGCCCAGUCACUCCCAAAGCCCUUCCCAGGGCAUUCGCUGCUUGUCCCCACCUUCAUGUUUUCAUUGCAAAGAGUAAUCUGAAAUGCUUCCUAAAUAUCUAAGAAACAAAAGCACACUGGGAAAGGCAGUUUUAAUGCAAAUGGCCACAAGAAAAAAAGAUAAUAAUCUAAUUUAGUAGAGGCUACUUCCUGUUUUUCUUCAUGUUAUGUGCGUAUGUAUAUAUCUAUCUAGUGAAAUACAUUCUUACAAUCUACAAAUAGGGAUGAGGAAAAAAUCCCUUUCUCUAGAAACAUAAUUAAGUGAUUAUGCAUCAAUAAUUUACUCAAAGUUUUAAAAGCACAAGCAAUCAUAUAGUAGAUUUCCUGUCCACAGCAAGUUUAGCACAUGCUGGAGUUAUAUCUAUAUUUUACUUCCAGACCAACUUGACAGGAAUGCAGUACAGCAAACACAUCUACAGGAACUGCUCACAGACCAGGAACACUGUCUUUCCCUCUCAUUCACACACUUUAACCUUGGCUGAAUGGGAACUCAGGCCCAGAUUCCACAAAGACUUACACAGGUGCUUUCCUUUACAUGCUGUGAAUGGUCCCACCUCCUUUAAAGGUUAAGCAAAUGCCUAAGUCUUUGCACAGUUUGGGCCUGUCCUCUCACAUUUAAUGGAAAAAGCUGUACAGCUGUAAAGCAGUGCCUGGGGAACGCGUCUAAAUCUGAGAAUACUGAUGCACCUCUCAAUUUUGGCUUUGUUCUUACAAAAAUGUUUUUAAUGGAUGAUAUAUUUUCAUAAUCUUCAAAUAGGGCAUUGUUAGCAACAGCAGAAUUAGGGUACAGGCAGAGAAUUUAGAGGGGAGGAUCAUGGUUUUAGUCACAACCCUGCUGGCUCGCCACAGUGGCUGGAAUUUGCAAAGUGCACUCACCUUGUCAGGGAGGGAUGAAGAGGACAAUCCUCCAGAGAAGCCCUGGAUUAGGGUGGAGAUGGGAAGCAGGUGUGAACACUGGCAAACCACUGGUGUUAGAAUUCCAGGAAGCUAAAUAAUUUCUAAAAUGAAAAU